AUGCUCACGCAGGGCACUGGGCGUGGCGCCGGCGGUGGCGCCUUUAUUACGGUAAUUACCGCCGGCCUUGUUUAUGGAGCGCGGCCAGGAAUCCCUUUCAGAGAAGCCCGCAGCGACGCCUUUACGACCGGUGCAGCGGCGUCGGUUUUAAGAGCACGGCCGGCGGACACGCCGCCGGAGGAUAAACGCCGCCUUCAGCGCGUCACGCAGUCGCAAAGUGGUCGGGAAGGCGCGGGCGCGACGAAACGACGCGCUAUCGCCGCGUGCGUGCGGCCGAGGCGCCCGACGCCCGACUGCCCCGUCAACAAGAGCCUGGAGCUCGCGCAAAAUAACGCCGCACCGCCCGACACACGCACUCUCGUCAUAUGCUCCUAUGGUGGCGACGCGGCUGCGUGGGCGGCGGCGCACCGCUGCCUGUGCCUGCUGACGAAUGGCCGCUCGCCGGGUCGUGUGCGCCGAGGUGUGGCUGCCGUUACACUCUCGCCAGGGAACGCCUGCCUGGAGCUGCCAGCUGCCCGCCUGGCUUCUGCGCAGCUGCCCGCCGACAGGUGGCCAAACCUCUACAGUGUGUUAACUUGCGAGGAGCCGCUGUCGGGCGGCGACAUGGCGGUGUUCGCGUCGCGCGCCGGGCCCGCCGCCUGCUGGCACCCCGCCUGCUUCACCUGCUGCGUCUGCCGCGAGCUGCUGGUCGACCUCAUCUACUUCUGGAAGGACGGCCGCCUCUACUGCGGACGACACCACGCCGAGACGCUCAAGCCCCGCUGCUCCGCCUGCGACGAGAUCAUCCUGGCGGACGAGUGCACGGAGGCGGAGGGCCGGGCGUGGCACAUGAAGCACUUCGCGUGCUUCGAGUGCGACCGCCAGCUGGGGGGGCAGCGGUACAUCAUGCGCGACGGCCGCCCCUACUGCCUGCACUGCUUCGACGCCAUGUUCGCCGAGUACUGCGACUCGUGCGGGGAGCCCAUCGGCGUCGACCAAGGCCAGAUGAGCCACGAGGGCCAGCACUGGCACGCCACGGAGCAGUGCUUCUGCUGCCACACGUGCCGCGCCUCGCUGCUGGGCCGGCCCUUCCUGCCGCGCCGCGGCGCCAUCUACUGCAGCAUCGCGUGCAGCAAGGGCGAGCCGCCCACGCCGUCCGACAGCUCGGCGGGACCGGCGGGGGGCGGCGGCCCGCGGCGGCGCGCGCCCUCCGAGUCGAGCGCCAGCCCCCCGACGCCGCCUCCGCCCCCGCCACCCGCGCCUGACCCGCCGCCUCCGCCGCCAGCCAGCGAGCCGCCGCAGUACAACAUACAGCCCUCGCCGUCGCCAGCUGGGAAGGGGCUGGACCGUGUGUUACUGGAGCGUAACCUCGAGCGGCUGCUUUCGGAGCACGGUGGUGGAUCCUCGGGGCCUGGCAGCAUGACAGCGAGUCCAAUGGAUGCGCAGCCCGCUGGCUGCAACCCCGAUCUGGAGAGGCUGUUGCACGCACGCGACCGUAGCCGUGAGCCACUGCACUUGGCCGAACUCAGCCUCAGCCUGGACGCGUGGAAGCCACCACCGCCCCCAGCACCGCCUCCUCCACCCCUGCCCACACCUGCACCGCAGCAGAGCUCACCCGUGCCAACCACCCCACUCCCCGAGGCUACGCCUGACAUUCUGCCACGUAGGCCCACACCACCCCCACCUCACCAUCACCACUUCCCAUUACCCCAGCAGCAGCAGCAGCAGCAAUCACCACUACCACAGCAACCGGCUUCACCCUCACGGCGGCAGGGCAAGGCAAGCAAGGGUCAGCUAAGCGUGCGUUUCCAGGGUGACAGGCACGACGAUAUCGAUCGCGACAUUGACGAUGCAGAAGAGGGCGCUGCUGCAGUUUCCAGCGUGUCGGCGUCGGCAACACUGUCGUCAUCCCCGAGCCGGCACCGGACGACGUUCCCACGCAGCAGGAGCUACUCGGGCAGGUCGCGCUACCGUGACCGGGAUCGUGACUACAGCUACGGCUACGAAGACUCACGGAGGGCGCGCGGGCCGCGCAAGACCAACUCUGAGAGCCACGUGCCCAGUGGCAGCGCUGCACGCUUCCCACUUCCGCCGUCAUCGUCAGCAGACCGUGACGAUGCAGACAGUUACUGCUCCACCUGCUCCUCUAGCUCCAGCAGUGACGAAUACGCCUACGAGCUGCCACCGAGGCGCGCCUACGGUGGUGUCCGCAUCUCGUACGUGCCCAAUGAUGCACUGGCGUGCGCCCGCCGUCAGCAGCAAGCUUCGUCUGCAGCCCCCAAGUCACCUACAAAGAAGAGUGGUGCCGCUGAUGACAAGGACAAGAACUGCACCAUCUCCUGAUCCCGGUGUCCUCCACCGCCUGUGGAAUCCCAGCGGCGCUGAUCGUACCUGGCAGCGAGUACAGUUCCUGGUUCUAUGGCUGCUCCUCUGACACUGUACGGAUGGUGGCUCUUCUAUUAGAGAGCUGUGAAGACUGUGUGAAAUGUUUUGAAGUGUGACAUGUACUCGCAGACAGAAUAAGAACUACGCAAACUGUAAUAGCUCCUCUUUGUUAUGGUCCAAUAAUUCUAUAGUUUGCCCUCAUUGUUUUACUCUCACCCACAUGAUCUCCAAGCAAGGAAGUAAUUCAAAUUCAGUGAUAAGGCAGCUAGAAAUAUGAUUUGUGAUGCUGAUAUUUACUAUAAAUCUAAUUUUCCUAGAAUGAACCUCUCACUUGGCUUUGGGUGAACCACUGAAGUGAAGCUUAAUGAGAAAAAAAUUUGUGUCACACUGCUAAUUGAGCCUCGAAAAAAAAUAUGCUGUGAUGUGAUCCAUGAGACAUGAAAUUCAGAUAAUACAAAAAAAAAAGAGAAGAAGAAAGUAGAUGGAAAAAAUAGAGUCACAAUAAACAAGCAAAAAUUUACACUCAGAAAGCCAUUACUUACUGCAAAGUUUUAACUGAGACUGGAAUUAAUUGUGGUAAAGUUGAUGUCAACACUUGAUGAAAUAUGCAGUUUUAUUGUCAUAAAGGUUUGAGAUUACGGUACAUUUUCAUAAGCUUCAGCCAUCUAAUUUUGUAUGGCAAAUAAAAUAUUCUUCCUGUGACUCCCCUGUCUCAUUAUGUCAUAGUGACCUGGCUGUCAUCCAUACUGUUAGAGCACCACAUCUAAAUAAAAAUACAGUGACAAAAAACUGGUAGAGAUGAAGCUUUCUGACAGUUUAAAAAUGCAUACCAGACUAGGACUUUAGAUUGGACUCUUUGUGAAACAAAAGAGCAGAUGGGUUGGGGGUGGGGUGGGGGGUGUUUCCAGGCCUGUUUUGUCGUUUGAAGCUUUGACUGAACAAUGAGGCUUUUGUGGCAUUAAAGUCUAUAAGAAUAUUAUUUGUGAAAGGUACAAGUCCAGAUUCAAGUUCUAGUCUAAUAUACCUUUUAAUAGUUCAGAACAUUUCAAUCCACUUAUACACUGAAGCACAAUGAAAGAUUUAGUCUCGAUUAGAAAUCUACGUGAGGUCGAUCAGCACCAUCUAUGUUCAGGUGUUUAUCCACAAUCUGUCUUUUCACAUAAGAUACCCACAGAUUUUCUCCAGAAAAUAACCACAGUGCACUAUUUGCAGUUGACAACAUAAUCUAUUCAAAUUACAUUUUUCCCAUUGGUUAUUUUUCCUGAUAUUCUUAUCACGCUUCUGCUUGCUGAGGACACACAUGUUCAUUGCUUCUACAUGUGUGUUAAUAUACAAGAUUUUAUGUUGGUAAUUCUACGUUAGACAGGGCUUGUCCUUAUGUCCUCUGUUUCUUUUUCAUGCAACUCAAAGACAUUACAAUUUUCUUUAAGCUAUGACUGUUAUCACGUGUGUUCCUUUAUAGGCAACAAGCAGCUGUUUUAGGAUUGGAAUGUUGUAGAUAUUUGUUAACCCAGAUACAUUUUGCUUUAAUUUAAAAAGCAUCAUAACAGAUGUGUGGCUGCCAGUGGCCACAGCAGGCAGUUCUGCUGCACCACCCGAGGCCUUAUGGCAAUCAAUGUGUUAAGGCAAUUAUAAAUUAUUAGAGAAACUUUGAUUUAUGGAUCAUUAUUUGUGUAUCUUUUGGGUUCUAUAUAAAUUUUCAUUUUCCAUUCCUGUCACUGUUUUUUGCAUUGAUUAAAAAAUUACAGUUGCACUGCAGUUUUUGAACAUUUUGCCAACAUUCAUACUGCAUGUGCCAGUUUUCUGGCUCACUAGAUAUUAUUUUCUGUACACUGUAUCAAAUAACAUUUUUAUUAAUAAUAUAGCCCUUAAUUUUUGUUAGUUUCUGCUGCAACUUUACAAUUUUUGGGACCUUGCUUUGGAAAAACAUUUAAACUAUCAAUCUGCUCUCAGAAAUGCCUCUUGUCAAUAAGGUUUCUACACACCGCAGCAUGAAAGGUUUUUUGCUUACUAGGGACGAACAAAUGUUUUAUAGUGGGCAGAAAAUAGCCACUCUAACAAAUCUCAGCUGCAAUAAAUUAACAGCACUGAUUGGCUGUUUGAUAUUAAUUAGAAAACUCUGAAAGUACAAGAUUUUAUUGGGUUGGCACUUCACCCUCCUCCUCCACCU